AGUUUACAUCUUCUCGAACAUCUCAUCGGUCGAUGUGUGUCAAGCUGCGAUGCGAAGCAUCGAUGCCAUCAAGAAAAAUAAUUUUCUGCUCCAACGCAAACUUAUACGCUCGCCUGUUCCUGAUGCCUCUGCGAGGACGGUGCGCUGACUUUUAUAUUAGUGCGAAGAAGAGAAAGUCUAAAGUGAAUUAAGUUUUUUCUUUUCAUACUGAGUGCAUCGUUUUGCGGUGAAGCGAAAAGAAUAUUCGUCGCGCGGUGGGAAAAGUGUUUCGCCAUCGUUUCGAUCUUGCGGGGCCGCGUCGUCGGGAGAACGGUAAAAAAGUGCGUUUGAAAAGUGUUUCGAAACGCGUGAAUUUACACUACACUACGUACGGUACGGUGGGUGGCCAAGCCUUGCGGGACCUUGGACGCGACAAAAGACGACAAUGAUGGUGGUGCAAGCUUCAGUGUGAAGAAUAUUCAUUGUACAACCUGAGCAGGUGUGGAAUUUAGUGUCUCAGUAAAAAAAGUGGAGCAAAAGCGAAUUUGGUAGAAGCCGAGCGGAUUAUUGGAUUGGAUCGCUGCAAGCGGUGCAGUUGCAUUCGGAGGAGGAAGAAAAGAAGCGAGCAGACAGCAGCAGCAGUAGCAGGAGACCAAGCACCGCUCUUCGGCGGGAAGGGUCAAGCAGAGUCGGCGGAAAAAUGAGUUUCUUCACCUCCUUUCAGGAAUUACUGGACUUCGACCAAUCCACCAACCUGAAUGGAUUCCACUUCUCGAACAGCCUCUUCGGGUUCGAUUCGAACUCGAUUCCUGGCUUGGAAAACUUGCCACCGCCACCUCCGACGCCUACCCUGCCUGUGGACCAGCACCACCACCCUACAACGACGCCAGCACCCGUGACGACAAACUGUCGCCGGUUACUCAAAACUCCCUCGCCUGUUCCGGAACCUACACCCCUGCUGGAAACUCCUAAGCAAUGCCAAAUCAUUCAACAGAUUCAGCACGCGCCACAGACACUGGUGCCACCUUCGCCGGUCCCACUUCCACCAACCCCCACCAGCAAUCCACAAGUAUCGCCCAUUCCAAUAGUUUCCAAGUUUCAGCUAAAAGUAACUCCCAACAAUGAGAUUUACAUUUCCAACGAAUCGGGAACGUUCUGCGAGCUGGCCGGAAGUUUCGUCCCAUCAACGGCGGAACGGGGCAGCUGUGCAGUCCCGAUCGUUGAAACCAUAAUGCCACCCGCAUCUCCGGAACUCAUCGAACCGGAACCGGAAGACCUGGAUCCGCCGAAAACACUCUACUGUAUCGAGCGGGGCAUCAAACGGCCACUGUCCCCCUCCGAUCAUCGGUACUGCAACUCUGGGAUUUUUAGGUCCUUGGAGCCACACAGGACACCUCCUAAGAAGAAAACUACCUCCACGAAAAGCAACGGACUCUUGCCCAACGGACCGGAGCCGGAAUCCGCCGCCAAGCUAGUGGUGUCCAACGUAAUCAACAACGGGUUAAUCGUCAACAAGAAGCACCUCUCGAACAGCGACGAGCAACCGAAUGCUCCGGCUUCCUCUACCCCAGAACGACGGAUCAUGCGUCCGAAAAAGAAGAAGAAGAAACCAGCCCCCAAAGUGACCCUGGAGGCGAAGAUCGAACCAGUGAACGGAAGGAUAAUGGCGCGGAUUGCUCCGGCACCAACCAUAACCGUAACGAGCCGUAAAGUGCCCCAGCAAAGCGCUGGCAAGCGAUCCGGACCCGUGCCGGACAAUCUCCGGAAGGUUCCGAUAAAGCCUACUCCGGCGCCAAGUCCUUCGACGGCGGCAGCUGCCACCCCGCCGGAAAGCACCUUGAACUUUUCCGGCAUCAAGGAAAAGGCCGCGCAGGAAGCGAUUUUCACCGAACGAGUUGAGAAGCCUACCGGUUUCCGUAAGCCACAGCCCCAACAGCAGCCACAGCCGGUUCCGAAGCAGGUGCCACAUCCGGUGCAACAUCAGAAUCACGUGGUGACUGUUACAGCGCAGCCAGUUCAGACGCCAGCGCAACCGAAGCAUAAAGUACCUGUUAUUGUCGAGCCGGAUACGAAACUGGCACCGGAUGGUGCUGCCAUACCGGACGAAGCGCACUCCAGUCCGGCACCGGUGGAGCUGAAGGUCGUGGCCGAUCUGGUGAUGGACAAGGACGUUUUCGGGCAUAUUUCGCUGUUGAGCAAUGACAAAGAUCGCAACAAAGCGGUGAUCUAUCAAAACCCAGUGACCACUAAGAACGUCAUCUACAGCAUCCUGAAUCCCAAAUCGUUGAACCUUAGUUUGGGAGGAACUGGACGGGGUACAACAGCUACCCUAACGCUACAACCUCAUGUUCCAGGUCGAAAGCCGAAGAAACGUGGCCGCAAAAAGAAGGUCCCCGGCGACGCCAACGUCAGCGCAAAGAACGGUCUUACCAAUGGCUUAGGUUCGCUCGCACCCACCCCUCCCGACUUGAGCGCCCUAGAUCCCAAUACUCCAGUCAUGAUCACCCGAUCCGGAAGGCUCUCUAAACCGCCUCGCUAUGCAAACAACUUUUUCCAAAACAUGAAACAGAAACCGGAACCGACGCCUGUCCUGCCACCGCCUCCACCUCCGCCGGCACCUGUGAUUCCUCGGCUAGAUCUUCCCUCCACCGAUCCGGAAACUAUCGAAAAACUGCCCAAUUUCUCGGCGGCACUCACUUCGUCUGCCGUGGCACCGGCCGCGGUGCAACCCGAACAACAGGAACCGAAACGGAAAAUGAAGAUCCCCCUCCAGUAUCGGUGCGCCACCUGCAACAAAAUCUACCUGGGAAAACGCAUGCAGAGGCACCUGGAGAAGUAUCCCAGUCACAACUCGCAGCGAGAUUGCAUGGAGCCAAGUAAGGAGAAGGUUGAAGAAAAAGAGGAAGAAAAGUCCACUUAUUUGUACAAACAUCUGUUUGACUUGCUGCAAAAGUUCACCGAAAAAGAUAAAGGUCGCAUCAUGCUCAAGGAGAUAAGCCAUUUUGUCGAUUACGUACGGGCACUGAUUCCGAAACUGAUCACGAACGACGAGCAACACAGCACGGUGGAAUACAUUGAUCACAACGUGGCGGACGUUCUGAGGUUGAACCAUGGGAAGUAUCGCCUGAAAAUAUCUUCUCUGGCGGAAGAAUGCGACAAACUAAAUCUCACAGUGAAUCUGUUGAACAACAACCCCUGCACACCCAGCCGGCCACCAGCUCCACUCUCGACCAGCACUCCCAACGGAACCAUCGAAAGGCAUUCGCUCUCGUUCAAUGCCGACGACCUACUCAACCAGUCCAGUUCAUUCCCUAGUCUAACGACGUUGAUGCACGAACACAACCUUCUCCUGCAGCAGAACGGCAACGUGGGUGCCAUCUACAACAACAACAACAAUUCCUUCCACCAGCAGAACAAUAAUCAUCAACCGCAGCAGCAAAUCAACAGCAACCAUCAACAUCCCAGUAAUCACCAUCAUCACCACCACCAUCAUCAUCACCUCCACCACAGCAACAACAACAACAACAACAAUAACCAUCAUCACUACAGCAGCAGCAAUCAUCACCAUCAUCUGCCGUUGAUCGGGUCCAGCUGUCACGAUGAUGCCAUGAACAGCCUGUCCGGUUUGUGCAAAUCCCCAGUGCAGCAUUCCACCUCCGGAAUGGUCAAUAUGGCACUGAACCUGUACUAGACAAAUUACCUUAAAAACUAAAAAAAAACACUAAAACAAAUAAACAAGUAUAUAGAGUAUACCCAGUUACUACCUUCAAACAAAAAGUAAAAUUAUUACAAACGAUUGAGUUCUAUAGCAGUAGAAUGGUACGUAACUAAGAAAUUGUGUAUAAAGUUUUUUGAAAUGCAAGCGAACGAGAACAGGAGAAGAAACAGUUAAUACGAAACAAAUUGGUUUUACAUUGAGUCUAAUCAAGCAUACAAAGAAGGAUAAUAAACUUAUUGGAAAUUAGUA